CGAGGGGUACGGCGUAGGCAUCGCCUUCAUCGGAAAAUGCAAGUGGGUAAACCUCUUAAAAUCAGGGGAGUUUCGGAUGCAACAAAGAUUGGAAUUGUUGCUGACACUUUGGAAAAGGCGUUGAAGAAAGGAUGUGAAAAAUUAAAGUUACCACAGAAUGGUGCAAAGAUUUGCCUCGAAGCGGAUGGAACGCUUGUAAUGGAUGAGGAUUACUUCCAAACUUUAGCCAGCAACACAUGUCUGGUGAUUGUGGGGAGCGGUCAGUCCUGGGCGGGAGGCCUUGAUGCAGUCAAGCGUAAUAUCCAGGCAGUGCUUGACACGCUGGCUCAGAGCAAUAGUGUAAGGAAUGAAGUCACUGACCUCCUCCAGGGGGAGCCGUCAGAUAUUCAUCAGCUGCUAGUGGACGUUUGUCAGUAUGCUGCAGGGAAACAUCGAGGCCGAGAGACGAGACGAGGAUCCUGAUGGUUCGAUGGUUUGGAGGAGCGUUUCAAAACGAAGUCAGAUGUGAUGUUCGUCAAGGCACAGCAGAGAGUCCGAGGCUAUUUUUCAAAGACAAAAGAAAUGUUAAUAAACGAACGGAAAACGUACUCCAUGGCAGCGAAAAAACGACUAGACAAUGUUAUCCAAGACUUGAAGGACGACCUUAAAAACAACGAAUUCCACGGGGUGUACUUCAAGAGGAAUUCGUACCACAGGGACCGUCUGUGUGAUCGCAUGGGGUUGUUCAAGUGUCAGGGGGCAUAUAACAAGACGUCGUGCUGUCACCAUCAUAAGAUCAACCCAUACAUGAACAAGGAAAGCAUGGUUCUCUUCAGCACCUGGAACUUGGAUCAUGUAAUUGAGAAGAGCCGGUCAGUGAUACCAGGGCUGGAGGAAGCCAUCCGCAAUUGCCCUCGAGACAAGAAGGUCAACGUCCAGUACUUCUACAAUCUGCUCUUCACCAGAGAUAACCUGAAACUGGUGCACAUCGGCUGCCACGAUAAGGGUGUCCACAAAUGCAAGGUACAGAAGAGACGCUUCUACCUGAAUUGAAUGGGCCCAGUGAGAUGACUCGAGAAAUUCAAGGACUGUGGAGGUAUUUGACUUGCACACUAACUGUAGAGGGUGCUCUCUCCCAGAUGCCAGGGUUUGAGAGUGCACUGUGCUUUGGUGGGUCUGUUGAAAUUCCCCAGUGCUUUGAUGCGGGUUGCAAAAUUUCGUAAUGAUUCCUUUUCACAGCGAUGCCAUUGGGUUCUCAGUCCGGGACCAGAACAUUCUCAGUGGUUAAAAAAUACAGUAAACUCUGACUAAGUCGGCAUCUCGCGACCUGUCAUAUCGUCCAAGUCGGCCGCUUGACAGAAGUCCCUAUCGUCUGUAAUGCAUUUCCAUUGAAAAUUUCAUUUCUAAUUCGACAUUUAUAGGUCGUCAUUUCGUUUAAGUCGACAUGUUUUUCUUGGUCCCUUUUCCUCAAAACCACAAAAAUUCCUUUUUGUGAGUUGGCAUUGAAAAAAUUGUGCUUCGGUAUCAGUUUCCUUCGCCGCGGUUGCCAAGAAGUGUGAAGGGACAAGUCCCAUGCACGCGCGGCCAGCAUGAGUACAUCUAUACCAGUAACCCCGCUAGUGCUACACGCAUGUGCUCUGUCCAUUUUGGGGGUCGC